AUGCGCGAGAGCCCACCUGACGUGGUUGAAAUGCUUUUGCGGGACGAACUCGCAGUGCUCAAAGCGAUGCUGUUGCUCCUGCGUCGGCUCGACGGACCUCUGGACAUGUGGCGACGCGCCGUGGCGACGCAUCGUCACCUCCACGACGUUGCGUUCGCUCGGUACGUCUUGGUGCCGCUUCAUCAGAUGGUGCGAGACGACCACGAUGACGACCACGAUCUCGCAAGAUGGCUGGCGACGCUGGCGCGGCCCGUGCUGCAACGCCACCUGGCCAACGAGAUGGAGCCCCAUCGCCCAAAGUGGGUCAUUACAAGCGUUCAACUGCCGUGCGACUGCGUCCAAUGCACUGCGAUCACGACUUUUUUGUCGGACGGAACGCAGUCGCUGCUCAGCUUGCCCCACAUUGGACUCUGCCCCUUGUUCAGCGCCGUCGAGAAGCGCUUGCCAUCCGCAGGCGUUGCCAUCGACGAGAGUCCGACGGGGUCCCACAUCGUGCUGCAGAAGCCUCACCACUGGAUGUUUUACGAGCGCGCUUUGGACGUGGCCGGCCUUGCGGCCUUGGACGCCACCGACGAAGACCGACACGCAGCCAAGCGUCAGCGCCGCUUGUCGCCACGGUCGGCGUGA